ACUACUUCUAAUACUAUUACCAAAGCUGCUAUCUCUGAUAUCAUUGCCCAAACUGUUGCUAUUAAAACUACCACUACCCAAACUACUACUCUUGAAACUAUCACUGCCAAAAUUGCUGCUCUUAAAACUACUAUUACCUAA